CAAUCUUCCAGAAAGGAUUGCAAUAUAGUUCUUCUAUCAACAUUGUUAUUAUUUACUAAUUUAAGGAUUACGAGUGGAGCAUGUGACACUGGCUGGUUCGGCUCUAGCUGUCAGUACAAAUGUCACUGUGCCAACAACCAAUGUGAUGUUGACGGAAAGUGUACAGGAGGGUCUACAUGUGUCAGGGGCUGGUUUGGUCCUCUAUGUCAAUAUCAGGACCUGACAACAGUUCAGCCAGGAACGACAACAUCUAACACCAUAGUAACAGAUGGCGAUGACAUGACGUGUGCGAGGGUUCAAACAUUUACUGUGUCGUGGGAUAUUGCUUAUCAAGUCAAGUGGCUUAGGGUUGUCCUCUAUGAAGCGGACUCGCUUCAAAAUGUCCAAGUGAAUUUUAAAAACAACAGUGGAGCAGACAUUGCCUGCACUGAACAGACUCUUGUUAGAGUUUACGCUAAAGUCACCGAUAUCUUCUGUUCUAACAAUAUUUUGGCACAGCAAGUUGUUGUUGACUUUAAAUCAUAUAAAAAUGUUUGCUCUAUUUUAAUGAGUGGGGGUCGCAAUCUUGCUCUAAGACAACCGACCUGGCAAUCAGGCAAUUACUCAGAGGGCGUGCUGAUAUUUGAUUCUACCAGAGCUGUAGACGGGAAUCCAAGUAGUGAUUUCUUUAAUGAAAAAUCUUGCACGCACACUAAAACAGAAUCACCUGGCUCUUGGAGGGUAACUUUUACACAGCCACUGUUCCUUAACAGAUAUGUGCUGUAUAACAGAGAUAGUAGCCGUCAACGGCUCAAAGGAUUCACCUUGACAAGCUACAGUUCUACACAUAAUAAACUCUUCUAUUAUCAAGAUACACAUACUGGAAACAAUGUAACUAUUUACAACGUGACAACAACUACACCAACAACACCCGUGUCUUAUGUUGUUGUAAAUGUUUCCGAUAUUCUAACGUUGUGUGAGGUGGAGGCAAAUGGCGACUUUAUUUGCACCAGUGGAACAUUUGGACUAGAAUGUGCCAACACCUGCAACUGUAACGACCCAACUGAGACAUGUUUUGUAGCUACAGGUGGAUGUCGGUCUGGUUGUGCUGUGGGAUAUCAAGGGGAGGGGUGUGUAGAAGUCUGUGACAGCAUCACUGGGGAAUGUUCCAGCUGUGUUCGAGGUUUUCAAGGACCCCACUGUGAAAAACCAUGCAAUGCUACAUAUCAAGGUGAGAGUUGCAAGCAAACACAAAAAAAAGAUUAUUCAAAGGGAAUGAAAGAUGGCAUCGGCAUUGGAAUAGGUAUAGGAACCAUGUGUGGUGUCUUCAUCAUCAGCAUUGCUGUUAUAUGUCUAGUAUGGAGGCUAAAGAGGACAACGCAUUCUAACGGCAAUGCAAAAAAUAACUAUUCUAAUCAAGUCUUAGAAUUAGGAGACGGAUUAACAUCACCUGAAUUUAACAGUAAAAAUGAGAACACUAAAGUGUAUGACUAUAUUAAUGAAUCACCGGAAAUUACAUUGCAAGAAGCAACGAAUGAAGCAAGCAUAACAUCUACCACCUACAACUCAUUAAAAAAUGAAUACAAUGAUGACUCUAAUUAUAUGUCAGUAGUACCAAGUAAACAAAAACACAUUAAGCCACGUAAUUAA